GGUGGUUUGGGGGCAGUUCUGGUGGUUUUGGGGUGAGUUUGGGUGGUUUUGGGGUGGGGAAGGCUCCCGCUCACCCCAACCCUUCCUCCUCUCCCAGCUCUUCAUCACGGUGAUGGACAAGCUGCGCCUGGAGAUCCGCGCCAUGGACGAGAUCCAACCCGAUCUCCGGGAGCUGAUGGAGACCAUGAACCGCAUGAGCCACCUGCCCCCCGACUUCGAGGGGAGGCAGAAAGUCAACCAGUGGCUGCAGACCCUGAGCGGGAUGUCGGCGUCGGACGAGCUGGACGAUUCCCAAGUGAGGCAGAUGUUGUUUGAUUUGGAAUCUGCCUACAACGCCUUCAACCGCUUCCUCCACUCCUGAAAAUCCCAGUUCCCUCCCAGUUCCUUCCCAGUUCCCUCCCAGUUCCAUCCCAGUGCCUCCCAGUGCCAUCCCAGUUCCCUUUGUGCUGUUAAACCAAGAGAAUAAUAAAAGGAGCGACACCGAAACGUCGUCUCCCGCCCAAAAAAUCA